AUGCUCACAAUGUCAGGACAUAGGACUACUAAGAUGCAGUCAGGGCUUCCAUUGCUUCCUCUCAGGAAAGUGUUCAGGCCAAAGAUUGCCCUGUUUGAAUUAAAAUGUCCUUCUCUUUCUCUCUUUGGCCAAGCAGAGAUGGUUGGAUUUUUGUUAGUUAAAUGUAUCUUUCACACAGUUCAACUGAGAAAUGUGGGUGAGCACAAGACUGUGGGAGUCCCUGGAGGCACAUGUGGCCCCCAACCUGGGAAGUUGGUCAAGAAAGCUUCCUGGAAGAGUGGUGGUUAUGCUGCAUCUAAAUGCAUGAGUCGAGUUAGCCAGGUGAGGGUGGCUGAAAGGGGAUGCCAAGCAAGAUGA